GACCGCUGCGGACGGUGGAGCGCUAGGUCACACGUUGUGUCUGGCAGAGAGGCAGAAGAACACAACACUAGCCGCUGAUUGGCUGCUGAGAGGGGCGUGUAGCUGUGACGCAUGAGCAGCAGCACAGCGGCAGCAGCAGAGGAAAGAUGGCGGCGGUGACCAGGGGCUCGUUUAGUCUGCUAAGAAGGAUGCUGAGUCAUCAGUACCAUCACAGAGGUUUCAGAUCUGACUGGACCCUAAAGCCCCACGUCUUUAGAUGUGACACAAAGCUUCAGCUACUCAGCAGCAGGCUGCUGCACACAGCUAUGAUGUUUCGAGGACCCAUUGUGCAGUUCAAACUGUCGGACAUUGGGGAGGGAAUCAUGGAGGUCACAGUGAAGGAAUGGUAUGUGAAGGAAGGGGACAAAGUUUCUCAGUUUGACAGCAUCUGUGAGGUUCAGAGCGACAAGGCAUCCGUCACCAUCACCAGCCGUUACGAUGGCAUCAUCAAAAAACUGUACUAUGAUGUGGAUACCACCGCUUUAGUUGGAAAGCCACUGGUCGACAUUGAGACUGAGUCCAGUUCAGAGGUGAUCCAGGAGGAGGAUGUGGUGGAGACGCCUGCCAUGGCUAGAGAAGAACACACCCACCAAGAGAUUAAAGGUCACAAGACCCAGGCUACACCUGCUGUCAGGCGCCUCGCCAUGGAGAACAACAUUAAGCUCAGUGAGGUGGUGGGAACAGGUAAAGAUGGCCGGAUCCUGAAAGAGGACAUUCUGAACUUCCUGGCAAAACAGACUGGGGCUAUUUUACCUCCAGCUCCAUUCCAGGAGAUCCAGACUCCAGUUCCUGCCCCCAGUCUUUUUGCCGCCGAACCUGUGAGCACUCCAGCAGCCACACAACCUUCUCCUGCUACCCCUAAGUGGCCUGUCUUUACAGGCAAGGACGUCACAGCGCCCCUUAAAGGUUUUAGUAAAGCUAUGGUGAGGACAAUGACAGCUGCUCUAAAGAUUCCUCACUUUGGGUACUGUGAUGAUGUUGACCUCAGCCAGCUGGUGGCUCUAAGAGCAGAACUCAGAUCUGUUGCUGAAAGUCGAGGCAUCAAACUGAGCUUCAUGCCUUUUUUCAUCAAGGCUGCCUCCCUUGGACUGCUCCAAUUUCCAGUCCUUAAUGCAUCAGUGGAUGAAGCCUGCCAGAACAUCACGUACAAGGUGUCUCACAACAUUGGUCUGGCCAUGGACACCAGUCAGGGUCUGCUGGUUCCAAAUGUCAAGAAUGUUCAGCUGCUUAGCGUGUUUGAAAUCGCACAAGAGUUAAACCGUCUCCAGAUGCUGGGAGUCUCGGGUCAGCUGGGAACGGCCGAGCUGAGCGGGGGAACCUUUACCCUGUCCAACAUUGGAUCUAUUGGAGGGACGUAUGCCAAACCGGUUAUUCUUCCUCCUGAAGUUGCCAUUGGAGCACUGGGGAAAAUUCAGGUUCUUCCUCGGUUUAAUGACGGCGGACAGGUGAUUCGAGCUCACAUCAUGAACGUGAGCUGGUCAGCGGAUCACCGCAUCAUUGACGGUGCAACCAUGUGUCGCUUCUCCAAUCUGUGGCGGGAGUACCUUGAGAACCCGGCCAAGAUGGUGCUGGACCUAAAAUAAUGUUGAGACGUGGCCCAACAGGUUACCAACCCUCUCGCCACAAUUGCUCCAUCUCUCUUAAGGCCUUUUAGUUUCCUCACUCUUGUAUCCAAGGCAUUGAUGGUGGAGGGGGGACUUCUACCUGUGUUGUUUCCAUGAUGACUGGGCGGGUAGUUUGUUAAUGUGAUCAUUUGGCUUUUAAUAGAUUCCAUUGGGUCUUUCACAUUGGCUGAGACCGAACUGAAGCAAAUCUGACCAAAACCAGCAGCUAACUGAAAAAUCAAGUACUGUUCAGAGCGUCACUUAACACGGAUGAGUUAAUGUGGUUGUGAAGCAACAGCACGUGGUCCGGCAGAGUCUGUUUGGAUGUUGGUCAAAUGAACAAAAUAGUCUUGAACUUUGUCAUUUUCAGGUGAGACAUAAAGUGUCAGAAAUCAUAUACGUUCAGUGUCACCGCUCGCAUGAUUAACCACAGCAUCAGCGUGAGAUUGUCUAUUUCUGUCAUGUUACACGUUAAACCUUUGAAACUGUCCUGACACCAAAAGAGCAGCAACUCGGUUCAUCAAACAUCAGAGUCAUUGAAUGAACAGGGAUAGAAAGGUUUAAUUCUUACCUGCCAUUUAACACAGAACUCAUCCAGGUUUUUGGAUAGGACUGUGCACAAUGCUUGGGUUCUGGCUGAGUGGAGGAGUUUAUGUUUCAGACUGUAAAAUGUCCCACUGACACUAAACAUGUUUAAUGUUUGGACCUUGUUCUCCCCCUUCAGGUUGAAUUUCCCUCAAUCCUCCAGCUGAGAUAUUUGAUAAAAGUAAGACGUGUUUCUGCCCGGAUCAGAACCUCAGCUUGUAACCAGUACCACCACCUCAGUCCAUGUGGAGCUAAGCGAAUGUGCUGCUGACCCCCUGGACACUGUAUCACACACUGUUGUCCUGUAGGAUCCGGCAGACUACACUCAAUGUGUUGUUAUAUUUAUUACGCAAUGUUUAUCUUUAUAAGAAAUAAAAAUACAGGGUCAGGCCUAAACCAUCUCAACAUGUGACCAGCUUUCUGUUAAAACCUAGAUCUUCUGAGUUUAGUGCAAACCCUAAAAGAGGUUCAUGCCAGGGUCCAUGUAGCAGAGAGUCCGGUUCUCAGAUCUACCUGGACUGCCUCUGCUUCAGCUGAGACCACACAGCUAUUUCUGAUACAAGAUUUUAGCAGCUGCUAACUAAGAAACACGGGAUCAGAAUGAUAUUACACUCUCAGCUCCAUCAGCUGUUGUGGAGGAAUGUGUCUGGUGCCUGUUUUUAAUCUCCACAUGUUGCAAUGAUUCGGUCCUGAGGUAAAGAUGAUGAUGAUGAUGAUGAUGAUUAAGCUCUUCUUCCUUGAAGGAAUCUUUUAUGCUGGGAUGAUGGUUCUGGUUGUAAAGGAGAGACUGUUAGUUUUGUAUUUUUACUUUAAACGUUUGAACUUAAUAAAUAAAGCCGAAGUGCACAAUCUAA